AGGCAAGGUUUCGAGAGGAGCCGCCACCCUUCAAGGGUCCAAAAGCUGCCGUCAUUCCCAAGCGUCCUAAAGCCCUCUCGGAGGAGGGACUAGCGCCCAGGUGGCUUGGCUGAGCUGGUGCCCCAGGGCUGGAGAGGGAGAGCUGGGGCGGAGUCACCCGAGGACGGGAGGCGAGACCAUGGGGCCUCCCGGGGUAGUGCUGGUGAUGGGAGUGAGCGGCUCGGGAAAGUAGAUCAACAGUGGGAUCACUCCUGGCAACUGAGCUGGGGUGGAAAUUCUACGAUGCAGAUGAUUACCAUCCUGAAGAAAAUCGAAAAAAGAUGGGGAAAGGAAUACCACUGAAUGAUCAGGAUAGGAUUCCAUGGCUUUGCAACUUACAUGACAUUUUACUGAGAAAUGUGUCCUCAGGUCAAAGUGUGGUCCUUGCCUGUUCUGCUUUGAAGCAAAUGUACAGAAAUAUCUUAAUGAGAGGAGAAGGUGCUGCAACUCAGAAGAAUGAUGAGCCAGGAGAGAAAGAAGGGUUCCCAAAGCUGAAGCUCCUUGUGGUCUAUUUGAACGGGUCUUUUGAAUUGAUCUCUGGGCGUUUAGCCAAAAGAAAAGGACAUUUUAUGCCACCAGAGUUGCUACAGUCCCAGUUUGACACUCUGGAACCCCCAUCGGCACCAGAAAACUUUGUGGCACUUAGCGUGGACAGAAGUGUCUCAGAAAUGAUUCCUUUUAUUGUGGACAAUAUAAAAAUGAAAUGAGAACCGUUUCAGACAAACCACCAGAUCUGAAUUAGACAUAAAUAAUCAUUAUGUCAAAUCUCCAUUAAGGCAUUCCUACUUAUAAAAUAUCUUAAUUUUCUCCUCUGAAUGUCAGUUCUACGGUGUACUGGAAGUUGCUUAUAAUGCCUUUCAAAAAAUAUCAGAAUUGUUUCCCAAAAUACUUUCCCUGACACCUCCUAAUCAAAUCCUCCCUUAUGACAAAGAAGUGGGUGAAACCCAGCCAACAAAGUGACUACAUCUAAUGACAUAUGUCGCAUUGCAUACCCAUAGCUCUCCACCACUCUACCAGAAAGGGGAAGGUAUUUUUCCUUCUUUCUUCUCAAAAAUGAAAAUGGGUUUUACUGAGUUUGGCAGCAGUUUAGUGUUUGUUUUUAAUUGGCAUUAUUGUAGUCAUUGUGUAUUUUGUUUUCUGGUUCUAUUCUCUUCACUCUGUAUCA